UUAUGAAGUUUUUAUAUUUCUUGAGAGCUGGAUACUAAGCUUAACAAAUGAAACAGCCAAAUACAAACAGCCGUAAUCAGCACGAAUCGAAUCAAAAAAGCUGUCAAACCGCACGCACUUGACAUUUCAAUAUUCUGGAAAAUAUUAAGAACAUUCUUAUAUCCAAAAGUAUGAAUUCUUGCACAAUAAACUAAAAAUCCGUUUGAUAAGAAAACCGCAAAAAUUUUGCUGCCCAGAAAGCUUGGGUAUUUUCACACUUGCGAUAAGCUUUUGGAUGUAAAGAACGCAACCGCAAAGUGGAAUCAAGAGAAUUUUUAUUACACAAAAAUGCAUUUGCAAAGCCAGUUGCAAGCGGUCUGUCGCUCAGCGCAGUUGAAAGCAGCAAUUUGUCGCGUUAUUGUGGAAAGUCAAACCAAAUAUUUCUGUAAAUGAGAACGAAAUACAAAGAAUAUACAUAAAUAAUAUAAUUUGGAAAGAAAAACAUAAAUAAACAUCAAAAUGGGCAUUGCAGUGCUCUAUGCGCUGGUCGUCGUUUUUGUGGGCGCCAUUUAUUGGAAACUACGUCACCACUACAGCUAUUGGGCGCGCCGCGGCGUACCACAUGAGACACCACAAUACUUCCUCGGCAAUAUGAGUGGCCUCGGCACCAAGUAUCACUGGAAAGACAUCAAUAUACGCUUCUAUAACCGCUUCAGAGGUCAAACGCCCAUAUUCGGCGCCUACACUUUCCUCAAGCGUGUCGCCUACAUCAUAGAUUUCGAUCUUAUCAAGCAAAUUUUAGUGAAGGACUUCAACUAUUUCACCGAUCGUGGACUCUUUCACAAUGUGCGCGAUGAUCCGCUCACCGGCAACUUACUGUUCUUGGACGGCGAGCCGUGGCGUGUGCUGCGCCACAAGUUAUCGCCCGCUUUCACCACCGGCAAGAUACGUUUCAUGUUCCCCACUAUGGUGACCGUGGGUGAGCGCAUUGUUGGCGCAUGCCAGCGCAUUAUGAAUAUAGGCGGCACCGUGGAAAUGAAGGAGCUCUGUGCGCGCUACACCACCGAUGUUAUUGGCGAGGUUGCCUUCGGCAUUGAGUGCAAUAGCUUGAAAGAUCCGCAGGCGAUAUUCCGGCGAAUGGGCAGGAAUAUUGUCGAUAAGCCACGUCACUCGCUACUUGUGCAGGCCUUCAUGUUCACAGAUCCAGAGCGCGCACGACAGUUGCGUUUAAAGAAUUUUACCGAUGACGUCACCGAAUUCUUCAUGGGUGUAGUGCGUGAAACCGUGGCCUACAGGGAAAAGAAUGGCGUGAAACGUAACGAUUUCAUGGAUAUGAUGUUGGAAAUGAAGGCGCAACGCGAUCGCCUCAAAGAAGUUGACAUCGAAGAGAAUGACUUGACGAAUGGUUUGAAUAUCGAGCAGGUGGCAGCGCAAGCGCUGGUCUUCUAUUUGGCUGGCUUUGAAACCUCAUCCACCGUCAUGUCUUUCUGUUUGUAUGAGUUGGCUUUGAAUCCAGAAGUGCAAGAGAAAUUGCGUGAGGAAAUAUUUAGUGUAUUGCAGAAAUCAGAGGAUCAAGUAACAUACGAGUCUAUUAAGGAAAUGACUUAUGUGAAAAAAGUGAUAUCAGAAACACUACGCAAGCACCCCGUCAUACCGCAUCUAACGCGCUUGGCCGUCGCCGAUUACAAAGUACCGAAGACCAACUGGUUGCUGGAGCGUGGCAUGCGCAUCUUCAUACCCGUCGACGCUAUACACCAUGACCCCGAAAUCUAUCCCGAUCCCGACAAAUUCGACCCCGAACGCUUUACACCGGAAGCCAUUGCGCAGCGCCACCCUUUCGCCUACUUGCCUUUCGGCGACGGCCCGCGCAAUUGCAUUGGCAUGCGUUUCGGCGAAUUGCAGACCGCCAUUGGCGUCAUACAACUGCUGCGCCACUUUCGUUUCAAACCUUCAUCGCGCACACUCAAACCGAUGGUUUAUUUGAAAAAGAAUUUCCUCAUCGCCGCUGACGGUGGCAUACAUCUGACCGUGGAGAAUCUGGAGAAAACCAACUAGCAGCGCUGUUGUGUUCGAGAAAGUGCGCAAAAGCAUAAAAUUGCCUUGGAAAAUUAGUCAUGCAAAUAAUGCCUCAAUGUUGCUGUAAUUGCUUAUAUAUGUACAUAUGUUUAUAUGCGCAUGUGCAUAUUUAUUAGCCUUUGUAAUAUCUCCUUAUAUUGAAAUGCAUUUUCAAUCUUUCUCAUAUUCACUUCAUGUAAUUAUCUAUCGUCUAUGCACUCACAAUAAAGCCGCUUUGUAAUAGACUGUUUGGUUUCUA